AAGCUUUCAUGCUGUCCCCUAUUCCUUUGUUAUUCCAAGGUGCGUGUCCCUUUGUUUGGCACAUCCUUGUCGCAUGGGCCACACACAAAACAAGGGGCAAGUUUUACCCCUGUCAGUGGCCAAGUCAGUCAUUGUGUCGUGUAUCUCUUCAGCACCCAAAGCUCCUAGCACAGAUCGAGAUAAUACAAAGUCUUCUACCCAAGUCCGAGAAACAAAGAAAAGGAAAAAGGAAGGAAGAAAAAAGAAGCCAAGAAGAGGGAAAAGGAGAAAGGGAGACGAAAGGAGACGAAAGACAAAGGAAGUGAAGAAAGUGAAAGAAAGAGGGAAGGGAAGAAAGAAAAGAAAUAAAGGAAAAAGAGGAAAAUGUGGUGUUCAAAGAACAGGUUCAAACAAGUGCAUACCUUGUCAUUCGAUCUUGCCAGCAAGGGUGGCACAAGACCACACUCACAUCCUCUUUGCCUUCCCUUUUUCCCCUUGUUCCGCC